UCAGUUCGGUUCGGUUCAGUUCGCUUUCUGUUUGGUUUUCAGUUUGGGUUUUUGGUUCCGUUUCCAUUUCCAGAGCAGAGUCUCGACCAGUUGAGCUUUUGCUGCGAUCGCGUGCGGCUGGCUUCUCGGGCUACUACUCGUCGUGUCUCUGUUUAUUUGUUAUUAUUUUAUUGUUGUUAUUAUUAUUGUUAUUGUUAUUGUUUGCCCCGUUGUUGCUGCCUUUCCGCGUGUGUCUUUCCACCUAAAAAACAAUUUAAUAUCUCUCCAGUGUUUGCAGUUGCAGUCGCCUCAGUUCGAUUCCAGUACUCCAAUGCACUUAACCGAGUGCCGAGGGCCUGAUUCCAUGUAAGAUGUCCGUGUGCGCCCUGAAUCCCAAUCCAAAUCCGAAUCCAAAUCCCAACCAGACACCCAGCCAGAAGCAGCCACCGAAGCCGGCUAGCCCCAAGCCACGUCCCGGAUCACUGAUAACCGGAAAUCUACGUGGCGGUAAGGGUCUCUCCGGGAUCACUCCGCCCACACCGCCACCGUCGCCCCAGGUCCGGAUCUACGAGGACUUUGACAGGAUGAGUGCCAAGGAGGUGUACUACAACGAGGCCGGCAAGAAGGUCACCGUGAAGUUGCUCCACUUUCCGGAUGUGCCGCCGGAGGAGAUCUCCAAGCUCAAGUUCGAUGAUGAUGACGAGGACGAGGAUGAGGAUGAGGACGAAGUGGUGGAGGAGGAUGACCUGGAUGGGAACGGAGGAGCAGCCGAUGGCGAGGAGGCGGACGAGGACAGUGACUCCGGGGGAAAGCCCAAAACUCCCACAGACUCCAGCGAGACGGAGAAGGCCCCCACGGAGGUGGGGGGAGCCGGAGCUGCUGCCGGCAAUCCCAAGAAGAUAUUUCGACGUAAGCUAUCCGGAAACAAUAUGCAGACUAGGAAGUGCAGUCUGGCCUUCGCCCAGGCCCACGGCAUCCGGCAGCGGGCCGAGAAGAAGCUAUCGAUGCCCACCAUCAGCAUAACGGCCAAUUCCGGGGAUCAUGUGUCCGGCACUCAUAUCCAGAACGGCGGCCUCCGGCUGAGUCUGGGCCGGAAACUGUCCCAUCAGUACUCCGUGCCACUUGGCUCGCCCACCUCUCCCGGCCCGGGCCCCCGCAGAUCCCACUCGCCGCUGGGCCAGAGUCUCUGUCCCGGGUAUAUCCAGUACUCCAAGUCCCUGCUGGAGGUGCCCAUGCCCCGGGACUAUGGCUAUGCCAGCAGCGACGAUCUCAGCUCCGAGUGGGACUCGGAUGUGUCCACCUCGGCGGCCGGCUCCGCCGCGGGCGCGGGUUCUUCGGGUUCAACAGCAGCCGGAGGAUCGGGUCACAAGAAGAGCUCCGGCUGGCGCAAGAUCCGGAAUAUUGUACAGUGGACACCCUUCUUCCAGACGUACAAGAAACAGCGGUAUCCAUGGGUCCAGCUGGCAGGACAUCAGGGGAACUUCAAGGCUGGCCCCGAGCCGGGCACCGUUCUCAAGAAGCUCUGCCCCAAGGAGGAGGAAUGCUUCCAGAUCCUCAUGCAGGACCUCCUGCGACCCUAUGUCCCUGUCUACAAGGGUCAGGUCACAAGCGAGGAUGGUGAAUUGUAUCUGCAACUACAGGAUCUGUUGAGCGACUAUGUCCAGCCGUGUGUGAUGGACUGCAAGGUGGGUGUUCGCACUUAUCUGGAGGAGGAGCUGUCCAAGGCCAAGGAGAAGCCCAAGCUGCGCAAGGACAUGUACGACAAGAUGAUCCAGAUCGACGCCAAUGCCCCCACAGCCGAGGAGCAUGCCGCCAAGGCGGUGACCAAGCCGAGGUAUAUGGUCUGGCGGGAGACCAUUUCCAGCACAGCCACCUUGGGUUUUCGCAUUGAGGGCAUCAAGAAGAGCGACGGCACUAGUUCCAAAGAUUUCAAGACGACCAAGUCACGCGAACAAAUCAAGCUGGCCUUCGUCGAGUUCCUCAGCGGUCAUCCUCACAUUCUGCCCCGGUACAUCCAGCGCUUGAGAGCCAUCCGAGCCACCCUGGCCGUCUCAGAGUUCUUCCAGACGCACGAGGUGAUCGGGAGCUCCCUGCUGUUCGUCCACGACCAGACCCACGCCAGCAUCUGGCUGAUCGACUUCGCCAAGACGGUGGAGCUGCCUCCCCAGCUCCGGAUCGAUCACUACUCGGCCUGGAAGGUGGGCAACCACGAGGAUGGCUAUCUCAUCGGGAUCAACAAUCUCAUCGAUAUAUUCGUCGAACUACUGGCCACGAUGGACUCUGGACGACCCGCCCACGCCCUCCACGAUCAAGGGGGCGAUCCAAAAAGGGAUAACGACAUCGACGACGACGAUGAUAAACCCUAAAAUGGGUUUUUCUGGGGCUGGGCCCUACAAAAAUUAAAAAAAAAAAAGAAAAAAAAAAGACACUUCCAUAACCCGAAUCGAUUAACCCCAAUUUUAGACUAAGUUAGAUGAUAGUUUUUCACUUUUUUUUAUUUUUUUUUUUAUCCCUUAACCCUGUAAACUCGCCUUGAACUCUUUUGUCUGCGUACACUUUUAACCCAUUAAGUUUAAAAUCAAAGACUGAAAACACCCCACACUAUAUACAUAUAUGUCUUAGAGUAUGUACAUUGUGCUGAAGCUGAUGCUGAUAUACUGCUACUGCUGCUGUUCUGAAGUGUAAUUUAUUUAUCCAAAAAACAAAUACUUGAUCACCUCUAUCGAGAACUACCCGCAAGCUGAGCGAUUGUCCUAACUAUGAUAUCCCUCGAAGUGUAACUAAGGAAGCCCAUCAAUACGCAACAAUAGCCUAGGCUAAGCCAUUAAUAUUAUGUUUAUGCGACUACCUACUAAAUACUACUAAUUGUGCACUAUUAAAUUCAUUUAAACCAUCAAUACAAUCUGUUUUUGCUUUUCAA